AAAAUCCCAUUCACUAUAUAAAAAGAUCUCCGAAAUCUCUCCCUCAUAAAUUCACUAUAUAUCAACAAAAAUUUGCAAAACCCCACUUCUCCACAACACGAAUCCUAAACAAUGAGUUCUUCUACACAACAACUAGCAGCAGUAGGCGGCAGAGAAACUUCAUCUGAUAUCAAUCAACCAAGUACAUCUGAUCAUCGUUCAAUGAAGAUCCGGAGGUUAGACAUCAACCCAAAGGGAAUGGAUGAUAGCAGGAAGAAAUUGACGAAACUUUUGUUGAAUGUGACGAUUGAAAGAAGUUUAGGACCUGUUCAAGUUAUAACAUCAUCAGAGAAAAGUGUUGAGGAAUUGAUUAAAUCUGCUUUAGAGAUUUAUGUUAAAGAGAAAAGAAGACCUUUGUUGAUUGAAACUAAUCCUAAUUCAUUUGAACUUCAUUACUCUCAGUUCUGCUUAGAAAGCUUGAAUCCGGCAGAGAAAUUGAUAAGUUUGGGAUCAAGGAAUUUCUUUUUGUGUUUGAAACCGACGGUGAUAGUAAAGUCCAUCUCAUGCUCCAAUGAAGCUAAUCAGAAGGAAGCAAACAAGUCAUCAUAUUUUAUGUGGACUAGAUUCAUGGAUUUCCUACUGUAGACUUUUCUUCAGCUGAGUUAUUUUCUGUUUAUUGGAGGGAGGGGUGCAUUUCUGUUGUAUAUCGCUGACUGCAUAGUGGACUAGCAAGUGCCAUACAAUUUCGGUCUCUUCGUUUGGUGGUCUACAAGCUAUCAUGAUAUUUGGCUAAUUUAACAUUUUUGGAAUGGGUGCCAACAUUCGAUACCGAAUGACAAUUUUUACCUUUGAAAUAUGAAAAGUGAAAACCCAAACAUAGUAAAUGGGUCGUAAUUACGGUGUUCUAAAUGUUUUCUUUCCCGUUGAGAGAGAUUCUAAAGUAGAGUGUGCUUGACGCCUCGAGUGCUUGCGGGUAGAGGUGUAAACACGGCUGUGUCAGCACGGGCACAGCCCAGCCCAGCAUGUGAGACAUCCCAACACGACACAUCAAGUUAGUUUAAUGUGUUGUGCUGGGUUAGGAUAAUCGGCACAGCGGCACAACACGUGGCACGGAUAAACACAUGAUACAACACGGCACAACACGCUAACAAAGCACGUCAUAUCAUAUAUAAAGUUGCACAAUAUUGUACAAUACUACAUAUAUUUUCGUAUAUUUCAAAAAGCAGUGUUAAUUCUAACCA